UGUUUAUUUCUGUUCCUCAUUCUUUUGUGUCUCGCAGGAGCUCUUACAUAAACAUCGCGUAUAAUGUUGUGAUCAUUUAUUUUAGUAAAUUGUGCUUCGAAUUGUUGAAAAAAAAUCGUGUCCCUCUUGUGUUACAAAUUAUACAAUUUUUCAGUGGAUUUUUAUUUUAUUUAUUUUUACUUUAUUAUUACAUUUUUUUUAUUUUCGUCAAAAAUGCGUUAUUUUUCCAUAAUAUCGAUGAUCAUAUCUUUGCUACCCUUAAUAUUAACUAUAGAUUGUGUACUCGGUCUGUAUGAAACGCCACCUCACAUUAUCGUAUUCAUGGCUGAUGAUUUGGGGUGGAACGACGUCGGUUUCCACGGAUCGAAUCAGAUACCAACUCCCAACAUCGACGCUCUCGCUUACAAUGGAAUUAUAUUAAACAGGCACUACGUUCUACCGUCGAGCACACCAUCCAGGAUAGCAUUUUUCACCGGCCUUUACCCGAUUCGUAUCGGGAUGCAAGGGGAUGGGAUUCGUGGUGGCGAGCCACGGGGUCUUCCAUUGCACAUAAAAAUAUUGCCGGAGCAUUUACGAGGUUUGGGAUACGUGACGAAGUUAAUUGGGAAAUGGCACAUGGGAUUCCACACGCUCCAGUACACCCCGUUGCACAGGGGGUUCGAUACGUUCUUCGGCUUUUACAACAGUCACAUCACGUAUUACGAUUACGAGUACUCGAAUCAGAAUAUGACCGGAUACGAUAUGCAUUGCGGGGACGAUCCGGCGUACGGGAUGAAGCGGGAAUACGCGACGGAUCUGUUCACCAACGAGGCGAUCAAGAUCAUCGAGAAUCACGAGCUGCCCAGACCUCUUUAUCUUCAGAUCUCGCAUCUGGCUGUUCACGCGCCCAUAGAACAACCGGACGACUCGAGCAGGGACGAGAUCGUACAGAUUCGCGAGCCAAAUCGGCGAAAAUAUGCCAAAAUGGUGUCGAAAUUAGACGAAUCGGUUGGGCGUGUAGUUCACGCGUUAGGCGAGAAAGGAAUGCUGAGGGACUCCCUAAUCCUGUUUCUCACCGAUAAUGGAGCAGCUUCGAUCGGUAGAUACAGAAAUUACGGCUCGAACUAUCCAUUAAGAGGAACGAAAUACACUUUGUACGAAGGAGGGGUGAGAGGAGUCGCGGCAUUAUGGUCGUCGAGAUUGGAGAAAGGAGCCCGUGUUUUCAAGAAGUUGAUACACAUAACCGAUUGGUUGCCAACCCUUUAUUCCGCGGCUGGUGGAGAUCUGAAGGAUCUGGGCAAGAUCGAUGGGAUCGAUCAGUGGCGUGUACUCAGCGAGGGGCAAGGGCACGGCAGGGAGAAACUUUUGUUAAAUAUCGAUGAGGUUAUGAUAACCGAGGGGGCGAUAUACAGCCGGUUCAAAUUGUUGCGAGGUUCCGUAGGGAACGGUUAUUACGACAAAUAUUACGGGGAUUCCGGAAGAACGUUGGAGACGCCACCGUACACAGAAGUGGUAUUGAAGAGCGCUGUUUCUCAAAGUAUCACUUAUCAUCUGGGCGGCCCAGUGACACAGCCAAGCACGAUGGUACAAUUAAGGCGAGAAGCGACCGUCCAGUGUCAUCCAAAUAUGUCGUAUUAUUACAGGCACUCGUUCACAUUUUGUAACGUGACGGAAUGUUUAUUCGAUAUAGUGAACGAUCCAUGCGAAACGAAAAACAUCGCGGAAGCUUAUGCCAGAGUGAGUGUUACGGAUCGUCCUUCAAUUAUUUCUUAUUUAAGAUAUCAAUAUGCAACAGAUCGCGAGAGAUUUGGAUCUUUACCUGGAACACUAUGGUCGCGUUUUAAUGAAACAAAUUAGAAAACCGGUGGAUUGGUUGGCCGAUCCAAAAAGAAGGAACAAUACGUGGGAGCCAUGGAUGAAUUCGAGAGCCACGAUAUGCGUUCAAAAUAUCGGAACUAUAUACGUCAAUUUGGUAUAUUACAUUCAUGUUUCGAUCAUAUUCAUUUCGAUAUUGAUGAACAAUUUUAUCUGAUCGUAUAAUAUUUGCAUAAUAUUUCGAGAUGGAUGGAUUAUAGCAGCAUCGAUAAAUUAUCAAAACUCAAUCGAUUUGAUUUCAAACGAGACGAUGUUUUAAUAAAUGAUAGGGUAACAACUCGA